UUAUGAAUAACCAUUCUCGUUUUCGAUAAAGUUCGAAUACUUAAAGUUUUAAUUAUUUACCUGCCUGGAAAUAAAAUGAUUGUGAAGAAAGGAAGAAAUAUCAAAUAAUCCUUUUACCUGUCAAUCAACCUAGAGAAGAUUACAUAAUUAGUUCUAUUUAUUAGAUGUUUAAUACUCAAGACAUAGAAGUGAAUAAACUUAUAUAUUAUUACUUUUAUAAGCUAAAAGAGAGUGGUCCUCAUUAAUUCUUAACAAAUAAAUUAUACUAGAUUUAAUAAGAAGAAUUAGAAUUCUUCAUUCCUUAAUUAGUGUAAAUAACAAAUUUGUAUAUAAAUUAGGUAUAUACUAAUAAAGAAUGAUUCUCCAUAUUUAGAAAAGUUUAUAACAACAUUAUGUAGCAAAAGUAUUGCAUUGUAUUAAUUAAUUAAAUGGUGUUGGGUUUCUUAUUCUGACAAGGAUAGAACAGAUAAGAAUAAAAUGAAGAGAUUAUAAAGAAUAGACGAUGUAAAAAUAACAAUUACCAUACUAGUAAUUUGAAUAAUCGAUGUUAACCUUACAUAAUGAUCAUAGUGCAGUAAAAAUUCCUAAUUUAUAAUUAAAAUCAUAUUAAAGUGUAGUAGAUCUCUAUCUAAACAAUCUAAUUUAAAUGUCAUUAAUACUUAAAACAUAUAAGCCAGAGGAGAGGAAACCAAAAUUGAAAAAUUUUAUAACAAGAGCAAAUGUAGCAUUAGAGAAAUAUAGAUAAAAACAUUAAGAAUAUUACUUUUGUUAAGGAAUUACAGUACCUUUUACUAUGAGCAAAGAUUAGGAUGUUGCAGUGCAUUCAAAUUUAGUAGUCAGAAUUAUAGAAGGUGAAUGUUCAUGUUUCAAUACCAAAAAAAGAGUUCCUUAUAGAAUUGUUGUGGAAACUAUUGAGUAUAUGAAAAUAUUAUUUAUAGUCCUCAUGAGUUAAAAUAUAAAUAGCCAAAGAAGAUUGCAAAUAAUUCAAUUACUAAUAAUAGAUCAUAUGCAAAUUUAGAUGAUGAUUCAAUGGAAGAUUUCUUGUAAGCUGAUUUAAAUCAACCAAAUAAAUAGGAAAUAGAAAAAAAGAUGGAAGAAUUAGCAAAAAAUAGAAAUAAAAAAGAAUACACUGAUCUUAUGAAAAUUACUUAAAAAAAGGAACCUAAAAAAGGAAUGAAAAUAUUUAAGAAUAUAAUGAGUGCUGUUUAUCUAACUAAAAAAGAGAAAAUUACAGAAAGUGAAUAAGAUUAAGAAUUAAUUCUAUAGGAACAAAUUAUGAAAAAUCUUUAAUUAUAUAAAUAAUUUACAAAUGCAAUAGAAGAAGAGAAAUUUUAAAAAAAUAGACAAAGGUAAGCAUUUAAUAUUAUAAAAAAAGAUUUAAUAUUUUAUUUCCAGAAAAAACAAAUGAGAGAACUUAGUCAUGCAUUCCUAAAUUAAAUAGUAAAUAUAGAUAGUAGGGAUAAAGGAAAGAUAAAAAUUACUGGUUAAGGCAAUACAAGGAAAAUAAAAAAAAUGGAUUUAGAAAUAAACAUAAAUCAAUUAAAUAAUUAACUGCACUUGGAAGAGUUAGAUUCUUUAAAGAGUUGAUAUAAUGUAAAUAAAUGAUUAUAUAAUUAAGUUUGUCCAAAACAGGAAUAAAUAUUAAAAAAGAUAUAUAUACAUCUUUAAUAUGAUUUGAUUGAGAAAAAAUUAGAAAAAAAUAAAGUAGAUAUUCAUCAAGAUGGAAUAGAAUUACAUAGUAAAUUUGGACCAUGGGAUGAAUUAUGGGAAGAUAGGGCUGAAAUGAUAAAGAGAGAAAGUCCAUAUUAACAUUUUGAAACAUAUCGUCUUAAACCUAUUAUUGUUAAAGGAGGAGAUGAUCUAAGAUAAGAACUUAUGACUAUGCAGAUUAUAUAUAAGAUGUAUUAGGCAUUUUAGAGUAAUGGUUUGGAUAUGUAUGUUAAGGCUUAUGAAAUUAUAGUUGUAAGUGCAAGUUCAGGAAUUCUGGAAUUUUGUGCAGAUACUAUUUCCAUUGAUGGUUUAAAAAAGAAAUAUCCAGCUUGCAAAUCUCUUGUUCAUAUUUAUAAAGAAAUAUUUCAAUAAGAUUUUGAAGAAGCUUAAAUGAGAUUUAUUUAGAGUCUUGCUUCUUAUUCAAUUAUCAGUUAUUUAUUAUAAAUAAAGGAUAGACACAAUGGAAAUAUUUUGAUAGACAGUAAAGGAAGAAUAAUCCAUAUUGAUUUUGGAUUUAUUCUUUGCAUUUCUCCUGGAAAUCUAAACUUUGAGAAGGCCCCUUUUAAACUGACUCAAGAAUAUAUUGAUUUAAUGAAUGGAAGAAAUUCAGAUCUUUUUUUAUAUUAUAAGAAUUUAAUGUAUAGAGGAUUCAAAGCAUUAUAAGGAUAUGUUGAUGAAAUAAUAAUGAUUAUUGAAAUUAUGAUGUAGGAUAGUGAUUUACCUUGUUUUGAGAGAUUCGACAUAAAAGAAUUUAGAGAUCGUUUCAAAGAGGAGGCAAAUGAUGAAGAAUUGUAAAAAUAUGUUGAAAAAUUAAUUGAUUACAGUGACAAUAAUUGGAGAACAAUAUAGUAUGAUAAUUUCUAAAGAAUGACUAAUGGUAUAAUGCCUUGAA